AUGAAUUUCAAACUUGAUGGAAUAAAUAGGAUUAGACUAUUGGUGGCAUGUGGGAUAAUAUUCACCAUAACAUUGUUGAAAAUUUUAUUCACGCCAUCUGGUUUAUAUUCUCCAUCAUUUGAUGAUGAAUCAGUCAAAUUUUUUGAUUUAGAUAAUUAUAAAGGACGUGCAGACGGUUGGCAAUAUGAAGAACGAGUUUUAUUUUGUGUUCCUUUAAGAGAUGCAUCAGCUCAUUUACCUAUGUUCUUCGGACACAUGAAAAACUUAACAUACCCACAUAAUUUAAUUGAUUUAGCAUUUUUGGUUUCUGAUUCCAGUGAUAACACCUUAGGUAAUUUGAAAAAACAUUUGAAUGAAAUUCAAAAUGAUCCAAACUUAGCCAUGAGAUUUGGUGAAAUUGAAAUCUUUGAAAAGGAUUUUGGUCAAAUUAUAGGUCAAAGUUUCAGUGAUAGACACGGUUUUGCAGCUCAAGGUCCAAGAAGAAAAUUAAUGGCUAGAGCAAGAAAUUGGUUAUGGACAGUAGCCAUUAAACCUUAUCAUUCUCAUGUUUAUUGGAGAGAUGCUGAUGUUGAAACUGUUCCUCCAACUAUUUUAGAAGAUUUAAUGCAUCAUGAUAAAGAUGUUAUUGUUCCAAAUGUUUGGAGACCUUUACCUGAUUGGUUAGGUAAUCAACAACCAUAUGAUUUGAAUUCAUGGCAAGAAAGUGAUGGAGGUUUACAAUUAGCUGAAGCUUUAGAAGAAGAUGCUUGUAUUGUCGAAGGUUAUGUUGAAUAUCAAACAUGGAGACCACAUUUAGCUUAUCUUAGAGAUCCAUAUGGAGAUCCAGAAAUUGAAAUGGAAUUAGAUGGUAUUGGAGGUGUUUCAAUCUUAACCAAAGCUAAAGUUUUCCGUACAGGUCUGCAUUUCCCAGCAUUUUCUUUUGAGAAACAUGCUGAAACUGAAGCUUUUGGUAAAUUAAGUAAAAGAAUGGGAUAUAACGUAUAUGGAUUACCUCAUUAUGUUAUUUGGCAUAUUUAUGAACCAUCUUCUGAUGAUUUGAAACACAUGGAAUGGAUGGCUUUAGAAGAAAUUAGACAAAAAGAAGAAGCUAAAAUAAAAGCUGUCUAUGAUAAAGUUUGGGAUAAAGCUUUUGAAGGUGUACAAAAUGAUUGGAGUAAAGAAAGAAAUGAUUUUAUGAAAAACACUGAUUUAACCAAUUUCAGAAAAAUUUAUGUUGAUUGGAGUGGUGCCGAAAGUGAAAACUUGGUAGAAAAUAAUGAAGAAGAUAAACAUUUAGCUGAUUUCGAUCCUGCUUAA